AUGCCAUUGAAUGGUGAUCCAAACUACCAAGGUCCAGGCUGGGGUCAGCAACCCUUUCCUUGCAAAGCCUAUCAUAGAAAUGUGACUCAUCAUUCACCUGAUGCCACUUGGUAUACUGGGAGUACGGUAACGUUUCAGAUUUAUGACUCUACAAACACGACUGGCGCUGGCAUGCACGAUCCGGGCGCAGCUCAUUCAGGAGGCUCUUGUCAGGCAUCAUUUUCCUACGAUAAUGGGGAAACCUGGAUUGUCGUGCAAAGCUGGGAAGGAAACUGCGUUCGUGUACGAAAGGGUCAAGAAGGCAAACUUACAAAUUCUUAUGACAUUGAUCAAGAUUACUCUUUCGAUAUUCCUGCUUCCCUUCCAGGGGGAGAUGCGGUAAUCUUCGCAUGGACCUGGCUAAAUUCAUCCGGCAAUCGAGAGUUCUAUAUGUCAUGCUCGCCUAUCCGGUUGGUAGCAGUACGAUCCCUGACCGAAAUUCCAUCUGGUCAUCCUAUGUAUAUUGCCAACCUUCAGGAAAAUCCAGAAACACCAGAUUCACAGAAUGCAGCCUGGUCUCGGUGCUAUGUUCCGCAAAAUGUGUGGAUUCGUUACCCACAGCGGUACAAAGGCAUCAAUCCACCAAUCGUAGCCAAUCCACUUCCAGAUAACAGCCAAAUCCGCUUUCUAGAGCUCGGAGACGAUGGCGGCUUGUGUGGCUCAGAUAACAAAGAACGGGUUAGAGCUCUUGCGCUUCAAUCUAGUUGA